AUGUCUCGCCACCAGGAAAGAAACUUCCAGUCCCUCUUCGAAUCCCUGGUCCACUCUCUCAUGAUGAUCAUAUUGAUGAAACGGGGUGUAUCCAUUCCCAUCGGGUUAAGGCUCCACUCCGUUGCUCCAACCUUCAUCGAAGGAGUUAUCGCAUGCGUCGACGUUCUGGUAAAGUGCGAUGGGGACAAUACCCUAUUUGGAGUCUAG